CUUGGGCCGUGGGUUAGGUUGGAGGGAAUUAGUAUCUCACAGUUGCCACCGGGUGGGAAAGGGGUGGAGCCUGUCAAUGCACCUUCUUCGACGGAGAAGUACAGUGAUAGAUCAGGAUCUAUAGCUGCGCCAAGUCUUACGGGGCUGAUUACGAGCGUUUUGACCGAGUCGAUUCCGUUCAUUAAUGGUGUUGCGCCGAAAGAUGGAAGUACACCAACAUGGAAAGUCAAAGGUUCGCCGAAGAAAUAUGCAUCGUCAGAAGCUCCGGUUCAUCUAUCAGAGCGAGUCGUAUCAGGGAAGGAGUUGGAUAAGGUAGAUGGGAUGAGUCAAUUCAGUGCGGAUAGGAAAGACGAGACUUGGUUCUGCAGGAGGAGUUGUCAUAGGAAUGCUGCAGAGAAGGGAACUGCUAGCUGGCAGGAAUUCGUACACAGCUUCAAGGAACAUCAUGCCGAAACCGAGGAUGCGUUUACACCAACAGUCAUUGGGGCAAGACAAGCUAUGAGUUGGAAUACAAACGGGAUCGAAGUCAAUGUUCACGGGGGACAAUGGACCAAUAUCACACUGGUUUUGGAGGAGAUGAAGCAUAAGAUCGACCCCAAGCCGCUCAAGAACCGAACAUUUCCUGUUCUUCAGUUAUCGGCAACACUGGCUGGAGCCGAAGAGUUUCUUGUCGUAUCGAUACCCAUCAAUGAUUUCAACAAGUCACCCUACGCCGAAUAUGCAAAGGAUAAGAGCUUGGUCAUGGCUGCAUAUACUUCAGUAGAGCGAAUUCGAGUUCUUCCAAGCAAUGGCGACAUCGAAUGGAUUAUGGCUACGGCCUCAGAUGCUGGAGGUGUUCUGCCUCAAUGGAUGCAGAACUUGGCUGUUCCAGGUGCGGUUGCUAAGGAUGUUGAAAUGUUCUUGUCAUGGAUUCCGAGUCAGAGA